UGAAGAUUGAUUCAGUCUAACUAAAUAACACUAAUCAAUAACCAACCACCUGUUAUCAGUUGUAAUUGGUUAUUUUCUUUUCCAAUGAGAUUUCUAUAUCUGACGUGUUUGAAAUAAAAAGUAUGAAUUAUUGUCAGUAGUAUCGUUUUUUAUGUUUCAAUUCCAGCUUUUGAAAUAAUGAGUAGUUCUUGUAAUUCAUUAAGAUGCAGAGUUGUGACUAUGCUUUUUUUAAUCGCUAUAACACUUUAUGUAGCCGUUGAAUUGUGUCUUUUCACAUCAGACCAAUACGUGUUCUACAGAGCUGUCACUGAACAAGGACUACCCUACUUAACUCGGACUGAAAGACAUAAAUAUAAAAAUUUAUCUGAUGAGGAUCAGAUUAAGCUGAAAUUAGCUCAGAAAAAGGCUGCUUUGCUCGAACUUACAGGCAAUGCGGGAAGAAUGGUCAUAGGGUUGAUUACGACAAUAAUUGUUGGCCAUAUAUCUGAUGUGUACGGUCGGCGAGUGGCGCUUGGAAUUCUGAUGAUUGGAGAAAUAUUUCACAUUGGUAUUACAAGUAUAAUCAUAUUCUUAGAAUGGAAUGUCUGGCUUAUAAUCGUUGCUGGCCUAUUCGAAGCUAUUUUUGGCGGUGGUCUUUUGUGCAUAUUCGCCAUAGUUUCAACCAUUAUUUUCGAUGUAACACAAGUAACAAUAGAUAACAAUACUACUAACAAUAAUGAACACAGUUUUAAAGAAAAGAAAAGCAAUGAUCAGUUAUUAUGGAUACUAAUCACAGUAUUUGAUUGUGUAUCAAGUUUAAGCGCAUCAUUAUCCACUCCACUGUCGGGUACCAUAAUCUACAGAUAUGGUUUCAAAGCUGCAGUCAUCACAUUUGUAGCCCUAUUCAUACCAAGCUUAAUAUUGAUUCUAUUUUUACCAGAAACAAAUUCAAACAGAAAGUUACCAUUUAAAAACAGUCCCAAAAAUACAAAAGUGACGGACAGUUCAAAUUCCAUCGUGUCUGAUGAUGUCUACAAAAUAAUCAUUGUGUUAAAUUCCAAAUGGUGGGACAGAUUGAUGAGAUACUGUUCAGUUUUGAAAUAUUUGGACGCUUUUGUCAUUAUACUUGGAUUUAUUAUAUUGUUAGGUUCAAUUACUACUCUGACAGAUCUUCAGUAUUUGGCUGUUUAUCUGAUGGGUACACCUUUUCUAUGGAAUCCUCAACAAGUUGGAAUAUAUGUGGGCUUGACAGAUUUUGUCUCCUCUAUCCUUUCUGUUACCUUCACGGUUAUUAUGGUGAAAAUUAUGGCAAAGUCGAGAAGUGAUAAUACAGAAAACAGCAACGAUAAAUAUUAUCUUAACAAUACUAAAGGAAAAUCAAGAAAGUAUAUGCCACAAUUAAAAUGGUUAAUAGUGAUUCUCGCUGCUUGUUUAGUUUUAAUGAUUAUCAACAAAAUACUAAUAGCUUACGCCUAUAGAUAUGAUACAAAAGAAGCCAGUCUUAUUGUAUACAUAGCUGCUGUGCCAAAAUUGGUCAGAAAUAUGGGUUUAGCAGUCGUGCAUAUUAUGUUCACAAUUGUAACACCUCCGGACAAACAAGGAAUUAUUCAGUGUGUUGGUGAAUUUAUCGCUCGUAUCGGCCUAGCUAUCAGUUUAACCGCUCUACCUGCAAUAUAUUUAUCAACUGUGACAACAUUUCCAGAGGCUGUUUUCAUUGUUGUGGCAGUACUAAUUUUCAUUUCGCUUGUUUUGGAUCUGCUUCUGUUUAUCUACAAUGAUCCAACAAAAAGCCAAGCGAUUGAAGGAUUCAAUGAGAUUCAUAAAUAAAUUCAUAUGAUAAAGAAGAAGUCUGUGGAUGCCACAACGUUGUGUCUAUUUUCACAGAGUAGUUUCAAAUAUAUGACUGUAAAAAGUUGUCAAAAUGCUACAUGUAUGCAUCAGUCUUUAGAAAAAUAAACAGUUGAUUAUUUUCCGUGUGGUCUACCUUGUAUUUUAUGUUUUCCCUCUAGAUAAUUAAUUGUAUGAGAGGGUUAAAGUAAUUUAUCAAGAAAAUUACUAAUAUAUUAAUUACUUUGUAUUCUGAAUCAUUAAAUUAUGCUGCUACUUUAUAUGUAUAUCAGUGGGGAACUGAGAAAGUGUACAGGAUUCAUUUAUACAAUCUAUAUUGUAAUCAACUAUUACCAUAUUUCAGUGUCAUUUAUUAUCCUUUCAUUUGUCAUAAUGUAUAAAUACAUAAGAUUUCAGUCAGUAAAACAGAAAAUAGAAACAGGCAAACCACAUGAUAAAGUUAGAGAAUUAUUUAUCAAAAUGCCCAAUGUAUGUUCAUGUUCGGGAG